AUGCCCAACGACCACGGCGUCAUCCGCAUCAUGCCGCCGUUGGAAACCUCGUCUGUCUGGUGGCUGAGCGACGAGUUCAGUCCCCCUCCACAAAACGACGGGCCAAGUUCUGACGUCGGCAUCGAGAUGCAGGACUCUGAAACCAAACCCGGCAAACGAAAGGCUCCUCCCGAUGAACACGUCCCUCCAGAGGAUGGGUUCCCACCGGAGGAAGUAAUUGGAGACUUUAAAUUGAAGCUUCCACAGGACCAGCGCUGCAGCAAUUGCAAGGGCAAAAGUAGAUCCUGCAUCAUCGCGACGCUGCAUAGCGCCAAGUGUCUCGGGUGCAUUGGAGACAGAAAGGGAUGCUCGCUGAAUGAGAACGCCACACGACGCGCUCAGCUAGAGAGCUAUAAAGGUUUCCGUCUGGCUUGUCAAGUCACUGACCCAGAUCGAUUUCCAAGAGACCCUGAACAGGACGGUUCGUGGGCUCGGAAAGACCGCAAAGACGAAGAUGUGCCAUCCUGGUACCGACUCCUCGUCUCCAAAGAACGCAUCAAGGGAUGGUCGAAAUCCGAAGUUGAUAAACUCCCGGUUUUUACACUCUCACCCCCGAUUCAUUUGCCAACUGCCCCUACCGCCCCAGUCAGUCCGCCCAUCCUAUCACCCGUUCCGCCCAUCCCAUCGCCUGUUCCGCCCGAUUCGCCGGCGCCCCCUCGUGUUUCUCCCCCUCGUGCAUCGCCCCCCGGGCCUUCGGCUGAUAGUAACCUGCCGAGCGAGAGCAACAUCGGGCAAGAAUCUAUGGACGAAGUCUCUAUUGACCAGGUGUCGGAUGAGGAGGCUCAUUCGGACCACUCCGGGCAGUCCCCUGGUCCCGGUCAGCGUGCGCGUGGGCACCGGCGCGGUCGUGGCCAUGGCCGUGGGCGCGGACGUGGGAAGGGUGUUAAGUCUGCCCAAGGUGGAACCCAGGUCCGUCACGGGAAGAACAAGGGGAAGUCGGUCGAUCGGGGAUCAGCGACUGGACCGGACGAAGUUGAAAGCAACGCGGCCACAGUCAAGUCGUCCACCGAACCAUCGCGCAAGAAACGCAGAGUGGCAGACGCCGGAUCCACUGCCCAGGCGAAGACGCACCUGAGGUCGCAAGGCGGUGAAGAGCUUGUGGAAGACAGCCCCGACCUGGUUGACGAGGACAAGUCGGACAUGGAGUGGAUGCAACGACGGGCCCCGCGACCACCUGCGGAUUCAUAUGAAAAUAUGUCCAAGGCGGUUGUGAAGCCCAACAACCCUUGGGAAGCAGGGCGACAGGCCCGUCAGGGAAGCACAGAGUCGAACAUCAAUGACGAGGACCAGACGAACAGGCAGGGGGACGCCACAAGACAAAACAGCCACAGUGUAGAUGACCAUGAGGGGGCCAUUGACGGGAGCGCAGGGGGCGUUGAUGAGAGCACUGUCCCUACCGGGCAAGAUUCUUCUGCACCUGAGGAAGACCGUGACGCCUACGGUCUUCGAUUAGGGAUAACGUACGGCCUGCGCGUGUCGAUGGACAUGAUCAGAUUGAUGAUCAAAUGCGGUAAAGAUGCUCCCGACGACCGCGAAGACAGAAGAAUCACUAUGUCUCGUAGUGAAAUGAGAGCCCUUCUCACGGAGCUUAAGGACUGUUCGGACAUUUUGACGACGAUCAUUGAAGGGGCCCCAAAUCCGAUAUUUAACAUCACUGCCGCUCAUCGUCACCUCAAGAACGCCGGGCAAGCCAUCGAUCGGCCCCUCAACAGAGCGAACAACUCAAUCGUAAACGCUGCCCCUCAGCCGUUGCCCUCUCAGGAGGACGUCUCAAGCACCGUUCGUGGGAUGCUCGACUCUGUGUUAUCGCAAUGGGAGGAAGGCGAAUUUCUGGAGUCAGUGAAGACCUCGAUGAAGAAUAUGAUCGAAAACGUGGUUCAGGAAGGUUUUAAUCUGAUAACCCUCAACGCCGCAGAGGACCUUGUGGCGGGAGCCCUUCGUUCGAUGCAAGAGCAGAUUUCCCAGAUGAAGGAAGAAGCCGCUGCUCAUCGAGAAGAACUCCUGGUCGAAACGAACAGACAUCUUCAGGAAGAGCUCGCCCGGGACAGAGCCGACCUCACCCGUUUCAUUCAGGACGCGCAUUCGAUAGCCAGCGACGUCCUUGUGACGUCAGGUCUGCUCCCAGAGGUCAAUGUUGGCGAAACGGAGGAAGCACGCCAACGGCUGCAUGAGGUCGACCCCGGGCUCGCUCAGGUCGGGCUGCCUUGGCGACAGGCAUACAGGGACGUCUCGCAGCAUAUUGGAGAUGGGCAGGCUAAGACUGCCACUUUGGCGUUUUUCUUCAACAAUCUGCGGUUGCGCAUCGAAGCCUUGGAGUCCAACUUGACCUCCUCUGGUUCGCCAAUGGGCUCGACUGAAGCCGCUGGGCCGAGUGCAUCGGGCUCUGGAGGAGACCGCCGCCCAGGGAACGUAGGAACCACAGCCAACCAACCUCUUGUUCGCCUGCCUGUUGCAUCGAAAACGGCAGGCCCUGCCCUGUCUGAAUUCACCUUCGAGAUGGGGAUCCAUGGGCGGCGCCCAUCAGUAUUUUUACAUGUGUCAGACAGGGUCUGA